GUAGAGACCUUUAUUUAACUUAUCCUCGCAGAGUUAUACGGAGUAGAGUUAUACGGAGUAGAUGGCUUAAGAGCAAGACUGCCUAUCCGGUUUCGCCUCCUAAGGCUACUUUAGCAGAAUGAUAUUCACAGGGUAUACAAAGCACACAAAAAGGACGCGUCUCACACAACACACAUGGGUCCAUUCAGGCUUCUUCUUCUCCUUUUGAAAAUCCGACACAUUGUCUCCCAUUUGGAUAUUGAAAUCCUACAAAAAAAUUUGAUGCCUGCAGUUCUGACUGCAAGGCAACUCCAACGCCGUAACACGCCCUGCCCUGCCAUUCCCUUCCCAUUGCGGGACUUCUCGACUGAACGACGCUCCAACGCUCCCAAAAGUUUUUUCAUUGCUGAUCCUCCCU